AUGAUCCUGAUACAACAGUCCCAAAUUUGCGAUCCAAAGAUCCGGAUGGUUGGUUCGACGACAUUCGAUGUCGAUGAGCCAUCGACAGCCGCCAUUGCCCUUCCAAGUUUACCCAGACUACCUGCCAUUACCCCUCCGAGUCUAUUGGACUCCUUGCCACUCGAGAUUUUGCAUGAAAUCUUUGUCCUGUGUCUUCCUGAAGACUUUAGGAAGGAGGCGAGUGGGAACAACGGUCCACCAGCACCUCUCAAGCUUUGCCACGUUUCGCAGACGUGGAGGCGGGCAGCGAUAAGUGAACCACGGCUAUGGAGAAACCUCAGGCUACCCACAAAGCGACUAGAAGCGUCCACAUCCCUCGAUUCGUUCACCAGCACCAUUGCCAAACUCACAGCCCAAGCUGUUUUCUGGUUCGAGAAUGCGGGAGACGCGGGCAUUCGGCUGGUUUUGGACAUUCCCCGCCCAGCAUUCGAGACUGCGGAUGCGGGUUCCGUGGUCACGAUGUUGGACGGCGGGCGGAACGUGACCAACCUUCCGACGGAACUCGAUCUCUUGGUCGCUUGGAGGAAAUUCGUAGCGGUGGUCCUAGUGCAGCGCGCAUCGCGUAUCAGGAGCCUCGAGUUGCGACCAUUUACGAAAGCAGCGUCGGCUUGCAUCGCGCCUUUCAUUUCACCAGACCUAUCCCAAGACUUCAAACGGCUCGACUCGGUGUUCAUCAUUGGAUCGCAGUUGCCUGUCUCGUCGUGCGCAGGGUGCCACGCCAAAGGCCUCUUCGGUAAUGCGCCCAGUCUGAAGAAAGUCGCCUUGGUCUUUUCGUCCAUUGCCUCGAGCCUCCCACCCAGUAUCCUCCCCGAUACCUUCUUACCCUGGAAGCAGUUAACGCAUCUCAUGAUCAAAAUGCCCUGCUCAGGGUCAUUUUGGAAGAGGGUCCUUCUGCAAUGUGGGCAAUUAGAAACCUGCGUCAUGCAUCUCGAACAUUCACUCAUUGCCGAAGAUCGCGAUCCAACUCUCACGGAUGCAGGUAUCGUUCUUCCCAAACUCCACAGGUUGGACGUCACGUUCCACGACGAAUUCAGCUCCAUCUAUUUCCACCCCUUUCGCUUUCCGGCUCUGACAAACAUCAGCAUCGCUUGCGACAUCGGGAACGGGUUCCCGACCUUUAUUUGGCUCAAACAGUCCAAGCCUCACCUCUACGCCCAGUUCAAACAACUCACAUCCUUGACAUUGUCCUAUCAAAACAUAACGUGGUCCGAUCUUUUGGAGUUGCUGAAGGAAACGGACGACCUGGAAGAGCUGUUUGUGGACAGUUAUCUAUUAGACCACAAGGCAUUCCUCCAGGCGCUCACCGUCUACCCCGACCAAACCGCCAAACCUAUCAUCCCGAAACUCAAAAACUUCAGCCUAUUCCUGGAAUACUACGCUGAAACUCCGCCUACGACUUUCGAGGAGCAGGAUUUGUUGGUGAUGAUGGCAUCGCGGUCGCCUGUCGCAUCGGAGGUUGCAAGGCAUAUCUGCAUCAUGAACUCGAUAGAGUUGCCCGAGUUGUAUUCGGCCAGGGAUCCUGGGGUGCGGGUUUUCGCUCCGGAUCGGUUGGUGUCGACGUCUCUGGGCUGCGUGGAGUUGUGGGUGGAUAGCGAAGACGGGACCAAAGUCGAGUUGCUGGAGAAGUUCCAGCAGUUGACGGAGGCACUUGCGGAGUCUGACAAGUCGGACGAGUACCCGCCCUUCUCGUUCCUGGUAGACUUUGUCAGCCCAUCCGAGUGGUUGGUCCAAAGCAACGAGCCUAUCUGGUAUAGCUAUUAUUGA